AUGGAACAGUGCAUGCGUCAGGUCUGGGCGCACUUGGAUCGUGCAUUGCUGGAAGGCAAGCAAGAAAAUCCAAGAUGGAGUGUGGCUAGCUGCUUUGGCACCAUCGAUCCUACCCAGUACAUGAUGUCUGUGCUGGGUUUGGGGCAGGAACUCAAGCUUCGUGGAUGCCAGGUGCAUGGUCGGCUGGAGAUGUCAUCCAUGCCAUGCCCGUUGAUUGCCAAGAGGGUUCGCUAUCAUGCCGGUUCUCCAAGUUCGAAGGUCACUUUUCAAUCUGUGUUUGCCGCAGGGACCAGCAAGUGCGAUGCCUUAGUAGGUAGCUUCGGUGACCAUGACAUGGCGGCCCUGGCCGCUCUCGGGUCGUCAGAGUUCUGUCCGGACUUCCUUUUGCUUGAUUUGAACUUGUCUCCAAAGAAGGGUCGCGACUUCGAAGAGAUUUUUCGCUCCAACUUUCCCGGCUACAAGCAAGUGUUCUUAGUCUUGAAGAAGUACAGUGCACCAGAGAGCAAGGUGCAUGCUUCUGAUGAGAGAACGUUGUUUGCGGCUUCCUGCAGGUCAGUUCCGGAUUUGCCUGAGCCGUUGGAAUUGGCUUGGACGAAGGGCAUUCGUGUUUUGAACGAUGUUCUUGCUCCAAAAGUCCCAUCUUUGCUGCAGUGCCUCCUUGAUCAAAAGUCAGCGACUUGGAAAUAUGAGAUGGAAGCCAUGCGGCAGCACACCGGGGGCAAACGCAAACGAGAUGUCGAGAACGAGAAGGCCAGCAGCGCGCAAGACCAUGGAGAUGACAAUGGACCAAGUCAUUGGCAGACGGCCUUCAAGCACAAGUGGCUUCCCUCCGAGCAUCCUGAAGCAGUUCCUGGCUUGGAAGGUUUACCUUCCCAGAGCCACUUGAUCCACGUUCACGCAGCAGUUUUGGCGCGGCGAUCCGCCAAGUCUGAUGUACCACUCCUGGCAGAUGCUACUGCCCAGAACUGGAAGUCUCAUCAUGUGGCUGAAGGUUGCCUUCCCCCUCUUUGA